CGGUGCAGUGUAUGGUCAGUAGUGUGUGGAUGUAUAGGCAAGACCAAUGAGUUCUUCUUAGCGCCCUGGCGCCUGUCUUCUUACUCCCAAAUUCACAUUUUCGCCGCGUCCAAAAUCUCCGAAACAUCCACUCUGUCCGUGUUCCAGCAAUGAAGUUUGUUAGGGCUUGGACAGGAAGAGCAGAGGAUGCUUUCACCGCUAUACUUCACCGCCUCUCGUACUCUAGUCAGGAAGAUUGGUGGGGAACGGCUAGAGCGGAACAACGUCUUCGGUCAUCUACUACUUCCGAAGGUACAAAGCGCAUGGUUUAAGCAGCUCUGUGCAGUGAAGCCGCGCGUGCCACUCCUUUGUGGCGCGUGGAGAGUGCCUUGUCGUUGUGGGCUGAAUUGCAAUAGCUCUAAGUGGCCGGAGAAAAGCGGCCUAUUUGUCUUGCUUCUAAUUCGGCUUCAGUUAAGGGUCGCGGACAUUCCAUCUUUAGAACAGAACCGCAUCCGCCAUGUACAAGACGUAUACCUUGCUACAGGUCAGCUCGCUCGCCUUCUAUCGGACCGACUUUUACGAUCGUAUUCACGGGAGUACCUUUCCGGCUUCCCCGCAUGUACACGAGGGAACCGAAGCUCCCGGCACGUCUUUACGGGCCCCUUUUCUCCGUGAAUGCUUAGCACACAGGGACUGGUAACAACAUAACAUCUCUGAUGCCUGAUUCCGUACCUCCUGCGACACAGUCCAUCAGAAACUAUGUUGGUGAUAGCCGGAAAAGGAUGCAUGUCAUCCACCCUGAGAUAUAUGCGACGGCUUUCAGGACAUCCUUCACGAUGCCCGUGCAGCUGGAUCGACCGAAUGAGUCCAGAAUGACAGGUAAGAACACACAUU